CUCUGGUCUUGAUGCUGAUUGGGCCCAGGUGCUGUCGGUCAGCACGCAUUGUGGUUUACGUCACGGCGUAUCGAGGUUGCGCUAAAAGAAAAGAGGAGGGUCUACAGGAGAGUCAUUUUAUUUAUUUCUUUGUUUCGAGUAGAAUAAUAAUAAUAGUGAUACAAUUUUAUUAUUAUUAUUUAUUUUUUUAAAUUACGAGUCAAAAAAACUGGAAAGGGUUACUGGGGGAUAUAGAGGCCCGAAGCGAAGGGGAGGAGGAUGAAGCGGCGCAAUGCGGACUGCAGCAAACUCCGGCGGCCGUUAAAACGGAACCGAAUCACCGAGGGCAUCUACGGCAGCACCUUCUUGUACCUGAAGUUCCUGGUUGUCUGGGCACUGGUGUUGUUGGCGGAUUUCGUCCUGGAGUUCAGAUUCGAAUACCUGUGGCCAUUCUGGCUGUUUAUCAGAAGUGUUUAUGACUCCUUCAGAUAUCAGGGUCUGGCGUUUUCAGUGUUUUUUGUUUGUGUAGCAUUCACGUCAGAUAUAAUAUGCCUACUCUUCAUACCUGUACAAUGGCUAUUCUUUGCUGCCAGUACGUACGUUUGGGUACAGUAUGUGUGGCACACAGAAAGGGGAGUAUGUUUACCCACAGUAUCACUCUGGAUACUGUUUGUUUAUAUAGAAGCUGCAAUCAGAUUUAAAGAUCUGAAAAAUUUUCAUGUGGACUUAUGUCGUCCUUUUGCUGCACACUGCAUUGGGUAUCCUGUUGUGACACUAGGCUUUGGUUUCAAAAGUUACGUCAGCUACAAGAUGCGAUUAAGAAAACAAAAGGAAGUUCAGAAAGAGAAUGAGUUCUAUAUGCAGCUUCUUCAGCAGGCUUUGCCUCCAGAGCAGCAGAUGCUUCAGAGGCAGGAGAGGGAAGCAGAGGAAGCUGCAGCAGCCAAAGGGAUCUCAGAAGUGGAUUCCACGCUGAUUUCACAGCAGAACGGGGGAAUCCCAGCCAGUAAAAAACUGGUCACAACAUUACCAGAACUUGAAUACAGAGAAAAAGGGAAAGAUAAGGACAAAGAGGCCAAAAAACAGAACCUUGGAAUAAAUAACAAUAUUUUACAGUCCGUAGACUCUAAAGUACAAGAAAUUGAAUACAUGGAAAAUCAUAUCAAUAAUAAGAGAUUGAAUAACGAUCUCGUGGGGAGUACAGAAAACCUCUUGAAAGAGGAGCUUUGUAUGGCCUCCUCAAAAAAUUACAAGAACGCCAGCGGGACAGGCAACUCGUCUCCUCGCAGCCACAGCGCGUCCAAUGGGAGUAUUCCCUCAUCUUCGUCCAAUAAGAAUGAGAAGAAACAGAAGAUCACCAGUAAGAGUCCGAGCACUCACAAGGAUUUAAUGGAAAACUGUAUACCUAAUAACCAGCUGAGCAAACCUGAUACACUAGUACGUUCUUCUUUCACAAGGCUGGAGCAGGACAUAAAGAAGCUGAAGGCAGACCUGCAGGCCAGCAGACAGGUUGAACAGGAGCUACGCAGCCAGAUCAGCUCGUUGAGCACCACAGAGCGCAGUAUCCGUUCCGAGCUGGGUCAGCUUCGUCAGGAGAACGAGCUGCUGCAGAACAAGUUGCACAAUGCUGUACAGGCGAAACAGAAAGAUAAACAGACUAUCAGCCAGUUGGAGAAGAGGCUGAAAAUGGAGCAGGAAGCGCGGGCUAUUGCAGAAAAACAACUGGCAGAGGAAAAGAAACGAAAGAAACUUGAGGAGGCGACAGCGGCUCGAGCAGUGGCACUUGCUGCUGCUACCAGAGGGGAGUGCACAGAAUCGCUCAGGAGUCGCAUCAGGGAGCUGGAGACAGAGUGUAAAAAAUUAACAAUCGAUAUGAAAGUCAAAGAGGAGCAGAUCCGAGAUUUAGAAAUGAAAGUGCAGGAACUGCGGAAAUACAAGGAAAGUGAAAAAGAUACAGAAGUGUUGAUGUCGGCUCUUUCAGCCAUGCAAGAUAAAACACAGCACUUAGAAAACAGCUUGAGUGCAGAGACCAGGAUUAAACUGGACUUGUUCUCAGCGCUAGGGGAUGCCAAACGACAGCUUGAAAUUGCACAAGGGCAAAUAAUCCAGAAAGACCAGGAGAUCAAGGACCUGAAACAGAAGAUUGCCGAAGUGAUGGCAGUGAUGCCCAGCAUUACAUACAGUGCAGACACCAACAAUCUGAACCCUGUCGCUCCACACUACUCCUCCAAGUUCAUGGAUACUAGCCCCUCCGGACUGGAUCCAAACGCCUCCGUUUACCAGCCCCUGAAGAAGUGAAUGCCACCUUUCUCUUUGCCCUGUUGAAGAGUUUUUGUUUUUUACUUUUUUCUUUUUUUUCUGGUCAAGAAGACAUUGUAUUGUGUGACUGUAUUUGUUGUAGUUAAAACACACACACACACACA